AUGGCGUCCGAAGUGGAUCCCGCCGUGGAGCCCCACAUCGUCGUUGAGGAGUCGUCCAGCGCCGGAGGCAGCCGAGAGGAGGCGCCCCCAGAGGCUUCGGCGGUAGAAGCGGUGGUCGAGACAGAGCCGGCGGAUGCGGAGGAAGAAGGGGAAUGCGGGUUCUGCCUGUACAUGAAAGCCGGAGGUUGCAAGGAGGCGUUCGUGUCGUGGGAGGAGUGCAUGCAGGCGGCGGAGAAGGAGGGCUCCGACAUGGUUGAGCGCUGCUUCCAAGUCACCACCGACCUCAAGAAGUGCAUGGACGCCCACGCCGACUACUACGCCCCCGUGCUCCAGGCUGAGCAGACCGUCUCCGACCAAGCCGAAGCGGCCAUCGCUGCUGCCACCGCCGAUACAAACAAGAACAGCGGAGAGGAAUCCGCUCCCUCCCUGGACACUGAUUGGGUGGUGGUUGAGGAGGCUACUUCCUCCACGCCCGCCGAGGGGGUGAAGAAGGAAGAAGCAAUCGUCGACAAGGCAGAGUCCUUGUCUUUGGGUAACUAA